AUGGCGGAGACCGUGGCUGGAGCGCGGGAGCGCGGAGAGUCUGGGGAGGCGGGACAGGCGGGCCGCAGAGCCCUGUACUUCUGCGGGAGCAUCCGCGGCGGAAGGGAGGAUCGAGCGCUGUACGGACGGAUCGUGUCCCGGCUGCGACGCUACGGGGCGGUGCUCACUGAACACGUGGCUGCGGCCGAGCUGGGCACGCGCGGCGAGGAGGCUGCUGGGGGUGAUAGGCUGAUCCAUGAGCGGGACCUGUCCUGGCUGCAGCAGGCAGAUGUGGUUGUGGCUGAAGUGACGCAGCCGUCCUUGGGUGUUGGCUAUGAGCUGGGCCGGGCUGUGGCCCUCAACAAGCCAAUCCUCUGCCUUUUCCGCCCACAGUCUGGGCGAGUGCUUUCAGCCAUGAUCCGGGGAGCAGCCAAUGGCUUGCGGUUCCAGGUGUGGGACUACGAAGAGGCAGAGGUGGAGACCAUGCUGGAUCGCUACUUUGAGGCUGAUCCUCCCCAGUGGGCAGCUGCCUCCCAUGACCCAACUGCUUGA